AACUUUUCAUAUAAUACACUGCUCUCUCCAUUCUCACUCUCCUCACUGGCCCCAUCAUCGGCCUUUCUUCGCUGUUGUGGCCAUCCUUAAUCAUGAAACAGUAAGAUAUCAUCAGAUUAAGUAAGCAGGAAAAACAAAAAAGAAGAUGAAGUUGGAUGUUACAGUGGUGUUCAUAGUCUUCUCCUUGUACUUCUGCCACCUUGGCUGGGACAACUAUGUUGUUGUUUCGGCUAAAGUUGAGGAGGGCAAUGAUGAAAGGGCAGUUUUGCUGUUGAUAAAAGCCGGUCUGGUUGAUCCAUUGGGCCAGCUUGGAGAUUGGGGAUUGCCCGGGAACGCCUCUGAUCGUCACUGCAGGUGGAGAGGAGUGAAGUGCAGCUUUAAUGGAGCUGUGGAGGAGCUUGAUCUUUCCCACAUGAAUCUCAGUGGCAGAGUGACGGAUCAUAUUGAUAAACUGAAAAGCUUAACUUCUCUGAACCUAUCCUGCAAUGGGUUUUCGUCUUCGUUGCCGAAAUCUCUGUUUAAUCUCAGUGCCCUGCAGAGAAUUGAUGUGAGCCAGAACCUCUUUGUUGAUGGCUUUCCUGCUGGGCUUGGAAGGGUUGCUGGAUUGGUAUCGUUGAACGCUUCGAGUAACAACUUCUCGGGUUAUCUGCCUGAGGAGCUUAGCAAUGCAUCCUUGCUGGAGAGCUUGGAUCUCAGGGGGAACUUUUUUGAGGGAGCAAUUCCAAAGUCAUACAAGAACUUGAAGAAGUUGAAGUUCUUGGGGCUUUCUGGGAACAAUCUCACUGGCCAGAUUCCAGGAGAGCUGGGAGAGAUUUUGUCACUGGAGACUAUAGUUCUUGGGUACAAUGAGUUUGAAGGUGGAAUUCCAGCAGAGUUUGGGAAUCUGACCAAUCUGAGGUAUCUUGACCUGGCUGUUGGGAAUCUUGGAGGGUCAAUUCCAGCUGAAAUAGGGAAUCUGAAGCUGCUCGAUACUGUUUUCUUGUACCAGAACAGUUUUGAAGGAGAGAUUCCAGCAGAGGUUGGGAACAUGACUGCAUUACAGCAGUUGGAUCUUUCUGAUAAUAUGUUAUCAGGAGAAAUUCCGCCACAAAUCGCCAAUCUCAAGAACUUGGAGCUCUUGAACUUGAUGGGAAACCGGUUAUCAGGUUCAGUACCUGAUGGAAUUGCAAACUUGACUCAACUGCAAGUUCUUGAGCUCUGGAACAACAGCUUUUCGGGUUCUUUGCCAAUUGAUCUCGGCCUGAACUCCCCACUAGAAUGGCUCGACGUUUCAUCCAAUUCGUUCUCUGGUCCAAUCCCAGCAGGGCUUUGCAGCAAAGGUAACCUCAUUAAGCUCAUCCUAUUCAACAAUGCAUUCUCUGGUCCAAUUCCACCUGGUUUAUCCAGAUGUGAUUCCCUGGUUCGCGUUAGAAUGCAGAAUAAUCUUCUUUCGGGGGCCAUCCCUGCUGGUUUUGGCAAACUAGGUGAUCUUCAGAGGCUUGAACUUGCCAACAAUAGUCUCACAGGCCAAAUCCCAAGUGACAUUGCCUCUUCUGACUCUCUUUCUUUCAUUGAUCUCUCCCAAAACCAUCUCCAAUCCUCUCUUCCUUCCUCCAUUCUCACCAUUCCAUCUCUGCAGAACUUCCUUGCCUCGGAUAACAACUUGGUAGGAGAAAUCCCAGAACAGUUCCAGGAUUGCCCCACCCUCUCUGUGCUAGAUCUGUCCUCAAAUUAUCUCACUGGAAACAUUCCAGCCAGCAUUGCUUCAUGUGAGAAACUGGUGACCUUGAAUCUCAGGAACAACCAAAUAAGUGGCCCAAUCCCAGAACCAAUUGCCAGCAUGCCCACAUUAGCAGUUCUUGAUCUGUCAAACAACACCCUAACAGGUGGAAUACCUUACAACUUCGGGAAUUCCCCAGCCCUGGAAAUGCUCAAUGUCUCUUACAACAACCUAGAUGGCCCUGUCCCUGCAAACGGGAUGCUCAGGACUAUCAACCCCGAUGAUCUCCAAGGCAAUCCCGGCCUCUGUGGAGGAGUGCUUCCUCCAUGCUCCCAGAAUGCAGCAUAUGUAUCAAGGCAGAGGAGUCUCCACACGAAGCACAUUGUAGCAGGAUGGCUAAUUGGAAUGACAGCACUUCUAGCCAUUGUUUCAGCAGCUUUCGGGCUCAGAUUCCUGCACAAAAGAUGGUACCAGAAUGGGAGCUGCUUCGAGGAAAGAUUCAAAACAGGUAAAGAGGAAUGGCCCUGGAGAUUGAUGGCAUUCCAGAGACUAGGAUUCACAAGCAACGACAUCCUGGCCUGCAUCAAAGACUCAAACGUGAUAGGAAUGGGAGCAACCGGAGUAGUUUACAAGACUGAAAUGCAGAGGCUAAACACCACUGUUGCAGUCAAGAAACUAUGGAAAUCUGCAGCAAAAGACAUUGAAAUGGGAUCUGCAGGAAGUGAAGAUCUGGUGGGCGAGGUUAACGUCCUAGGAAGAUUAAGACACAGAAACGUUGUCAGACUACUAGGAUUCCUGUACAAUGAUCAUGAAGCAAUGAUAAUAUAUGAGUUCAUGCAAAAUGGGAGCCUCUGGGAAGCUUUGCAUGGCAAACAAGCAGGCAGACUGCUUGUAGAUUGGGUUUCAAGGUACAACAUUGCGCUCGGGGUAGCACAAGCCCUGGCAUAUCUCCACCAUGAUUGCCAUCCACCCAUCAUCCACCGCGACGUCAAAUCAAACAACAUCUUACUUGAUUCAAAUCUUGAAGCAAGAAUUGCAGAUUUCGGGCUGGCCAAAACCAUGCUUACCAAGAAUGAGACAGUCUCCAUGGUCGCUGGAUCUUACGGAUACAUUGCCCCAGAGUACGGGUACACACUGAAAGUUGAUGAAAAGAGCGAUAUUUACAGCUACGGGGUUGUCCUCAUGGAGCUUAUAACCGGAAAACGGCCAUUGGAGCCGGAAUUCGGAGAAUCAGUUGACAUAGUAGAAUGGAUUCGCAUGAAAAUCAGGGACAACAGAUCAUUAGAGGAGGCGCUAGACCCCAGCGUAGGUAACACCAAACAUGUCCAAGAAGAAAUGAUGCUAGUUCUGAGAAUUGCCCUAGUCUGUACAGCCAAGCUUCCCAAGGAAAGACCUUCCAUGAGGGAUGUUCUAACCAUGCUCGGAGAAGCCAAACCUCGGCGGAAGAGCAGCAGCAGCAGCGGCGGAGCUGGCGGCGCUGCAAACAAAGACAUGCCGCCGGUGUUUAGCACGUCGCCUGUAAAUGGGCUCCUUAUGUAAGAAGAGGAAUGGAAACCGUUAAUUCCUUGUGUUAAUUUUAUGUAUUUUCUAAGGUUUUAAUUUGUACGUAAUUCUUUAUUGGUUUUGUAAACUAUAGAAUCUGUAUGCAUGCAUGUCUAGCAUGGCAUUGAUGUAACCAUUCCUCCUGCAAUUAACAUUGUAUGUAGAUUGUGACUUAUAGACUUAUAGUCACGCAAAAGAAUGAAGAAAAAAUAAUAAUAAUCUCCCCAUGGUAGCUGAAA